AUGAACACCGCCAAAGCCAUGGAUCUUACCAAAGUCGAGAUCUUGAACCAGGAUAUAGAUUCCGAUGGCAAGACACCCAGUUAUUACAGAAUGUUGGCGACAAAACGUCCUUCAAAUACAUCACCAUCGACCCCGGGAUCUACGAAGUCGACGACCUCUAAAACGUUAGGAAGCCCACCCAUUUUCGCCGAGACCACCCAAGAAACCCCCCCUUCCAUCACCCCCCCCUGGCACCCACAGUCCUACUCCUACCUCUCCCUUGACAUCGGGAAGCGUCUCAGAGCAAACGUCUACAUAGCAUCUUCCCCAGAAUUCAAGAACCCCGUCAUCGCCAAAUUCGCGCGUUUCGAGUGGGAAAUCGGCUACUACAUCGCCGAGACACAGGCGUAUUCAUAG